CAUCGAUUCCAUUAAGUUAUAAUUUUUCCUUGUUUUCAAUGUAACUUAUUUUUUCAUCAUAACCAUAGAUUGAUGAAUGAACUCUUGUAUUUAUUCAAAUCAAUCAUUUUCUGAAUUUUACACCAAGUUAAAAAAUUAUUUAUCACAAGUGGAAGUGAAAUUUUCCCUCAGCUAAAGGUUUUUGAAUAAACUUGAUUUUAAGGCGAAAUGAUCGCUCGUUUUCUGGUUAUAAAAAAGUGUUAACUUUUUUUGUUUAAAUGCUGCUUGAUUAGAUUUACAGUUAAUCUGUUUUUGUUGAAAUAGAGAUCAGAUAUAAAUAGAGAGAAAUCUAACUCUUACUACAGCGAUAAUUUAGAAUCAUGCGACUGCGAAUUUGAAGCUCAGUGAAUGAGAUGAUCAACAAAGAGGCAAAGUUAUGAAGAUGAUGACGUUUGCUUUAUCUUUCUUUUCUUUCUUUCUCUUUUCUUCCAUUCGCCACACCAUGGUUUCAUCUAGAAAAUAGUCUUUUAAUGAUAAUUCCGUAUUAUCAAUGAAAAAAAAACGAUCUUGAACAUCGAUGAACGAAAAAGUUUGCCUUUUACCUUUCAAUAAUAAAAGGCUCCUAAAACAAAUGAUUGUUUCUCCUCAUCCAAAUCAUCAGUUUCAAUCAUUUUCACCUGGAACGGAUGUUUCCAAUCAACUGGAUUAAUAGUUUUACUUGAUUGUUUCCUGACAAAAUAUUUGCGAUCAAUUGUUGCUCACAUCAAAGUGUUUUUUACCUAAAAAGUGAAACCCAGAUGAAAACUAUUGUGAAUCAUUUACCAAAUAACCUGAUAACAAUCAAGUUACUUCAAGAUUUAAAGCUAUAAUUCAUCUUAACCAAUACUUCGAAACCAAUCAAACGAUAUGAACCCAGUUCACAAAACUUUAACCAAUCGAUGCUCACAUGAGCUUAACGAUCAUUUUCCAAUUCUUCGUCCCAUGCUCGUCACGAUAAAUCAUCUAAUUUAAUUGUUUUCUUCAAGAAAGACAUCAACAAGUUUCCAGUUUUCCUCUUUAUUUUCCUAGUCUUCCUAUCUUCAGUUGAUCUCGCCAUUUCUGUGUGUUCGUAUUCAUCAUCUUAAGUGUCCUCCUUUUUUCCUCUCCUUUUCCAAUUUUUGUUUCUUGGUGACACUUUUUUUUAUUCUCCUUUCCUCUGUCUAUCUUUUUUGGUUCAACAAAAAGAACAUAAAGAAUCAUGGAUCGAGGUGAAGGAACAACUUUGUCUCUUAAAGCCAAAUUGAAAGCAUCUGAGAAAUUGGUUGCAGAGUUAACUCAGGAAAACCAGGAGAUCAAGAGGGAAGUUAAGUUGUUAGCUCAAGAAUUGGAAGAGCUCCAUGAUACCUUUCGAGAAGACCAGGUCUCUGAGUUUAGAGAUAUAAAACGUGAAUUAGAGGCAACAACCAAAAAUUGUCGUGUUCUUCAAUUUAAGCUUAAAAAAUCGGAACGUUUAAAUGAGCAACUGGUUGCGGACAAGACUGCGUUGGAAAAAAGGAUCAAUGAUCUUUUGGAGACGUCCAAAGUAUCCUUUGAUAAACAGAAGAUGAGAGACAUGGAAAAUGAACUUUAUAUAGCCAAAGAGGUUUCACUAAAGCUACACAGUGAGAUAAAUGACAUCAAGAAUGAGAAAUGUAGACUGGAAAAUGCAUUGAUGGAAGCUCACACUGGUUCGCCUGUUCCACCAUCAUUGCCAUCGACACCAACACCAAAUAAGGAUUACGAAGAGGUUGUCCGCAGCCUUUGUGAUACAAUGGAAAGAGAAAAGGAUUUACAGGAACAGUUGAAAUUUGCUGAAGAAGAAAAUCGAACGAUUAGGAAAAAGUUGACAAAUUUAGAACAAGAAAAUGAUAUAUUAAUGGCUCAAAUUAAAAGAAUGGCAAACAAACAAAGGUCUGGUGGCAGCUGUAAAGACAAAGGUAUUGGAGGACGAGGAGGCUCAGGUGAUGAUGACAGUGAUGAAUUGAAUGUUGAUGAGAUGAAAUUACAACUGGAAUUGUAUGAACAGGAGAUUGCUAUACUUAGGAAAAAGAGCGAUGAAAUUGUCCAAGAAAAUGAUAAUCUAACCCAAGAAGUUAAAUACUUGCAAGAAAAACUGGUAUCACAGCCAUUGACCAAAGUAGAGAUACCCGAAAUUCCUCCUGGUUCUCCUCCCAAUGUAAUCUAUGAACACAAAAUUCGGAUACUUGAAACAGAAGCUCGUGAAUUGAGGAAGAAAUUGGUUGACCGGGAAAAAGAGGUUGAUAACUUGAGAACAGAGUUGGAGGUUCAUCGGAGAAAAGCGUCCAAAGUAAUGGUGAGAAGUCGAUCACUUGAAUCAGAAGCUGCUGUUGAUUUAAAACGACAACUGCAACUAGUUGAACAAGAAGCAUCCAUUUUAAGACAAAAGAUUAUCACUUUGGAGGGUGAAAAUGAAAAGUUGAACGGUGAAAACAAAAGGUUACAGUUACGAGUGUCGAGAAGGCCUCCUCCAGGUCCGGUGGAUCAACUGCAGAUUGAAAAUAUUGAACUAAAGACCAAAAUAUCCGAAUUAGAAAAACGUUGUGAUUCUUUCAAAGGCGAAUUGGUAGCAUCCAAAUCAUCAACAAACCUGGCUACAAUCAUCCAAGAUUUUAAGAAACCAUUGAAAGACAUUGCAUCGGCGGAAAAAGAUGUCAUCAAUGGGUUGAGAAAACAAAUUUCCAUAAAAGAGGACGAAGAGGUACAGUUGAAGAGAAAGAUAGCAACGCUUGAAACGGAGGUUAGCAAAUUAACGAUGGACAAUCGAAAGAUAAAAGAGCUGCUCAAUUAUAAGAAGACGCCAAUGAGGGUAAUCAAAGAAUCAGCAACUAGACUUGAAUUGAAAGAAAUAUGUCGCCAAAUGGAGGAUGAAAUAAGCAAACUUCAAGUUUCUUUGAAUGCAAAAGAAAAAAUGAAUGAAAAUCUUGAAGAUGAACUGGCAGAAACCAAGAAAAGCUUAGAGAUGGCUCAAGUUGACAUAAGAUCCAAAGACAAUCGACUGUCCUCUACUUUAUCACAGUCGGAAGAAUCAUCAGCACAGCUUAAAGAAGAACUGGAAAAAGAACGGGAAACAGUUAAAAAUUUGAACGAAAAACUGCAAUUGUUGAGCAAAAAUAAAUCUGAUGUUACAUUUGUAAAUAAGGUACAGUCACUGGAAGCCGAAAAGAAGCAGUUACUUAAAAACAUUUGCAACAUUGAGUCAGAAUUGUUGAAAGAGAAAAGUAAAGCCAAUGAGUCAAAGGACAAACUAACCAGCAUUCAAAAGGAAAAGAAAGAAGCUGUUGAUAACUGGAAAAGGCUGGAAGAAGAAAAGAAACGACUUGAAAAGGAAUUGGUUGAUACUCGAAGUAAAUUAAACCAGGUACAAAAGGAAUUGUCUGGCUUGAGUAGACAAUUAGAAGCUAAACAAGAUCAAAUUGCUAGGUCGCAAGAGGUAGUUGAUCAGCUAAAAGAACAGCUGGAUGAGGAGAGGCGAAGUACAAGUUUCACAGUAUCACUUAAGCCAAAAACAACCAAAGAAACUAGUGAAUCGGAAGGUUUGAUCAAAAAGAUUGCUGAAUUGGAAUCCAAAAAUAAUAACUUGGAAAGAGAACUGGAAAGGAUAACUCGAGAUACACGCAACAAGGAACUAACGGUCAAAAAAGAAUUGGAAAAGCAACUCGAUUCUCUUCAGGAAGAAUGCAAACAAGCUAAGGAAGAGUUGACUUCCAUUAGAAGUGAAAAUACUAACCUAAAAACGAAGGUUAAUCAACUUAAUCAACAAAUAGAAAAGUUAACCACCGAGACAAAGGAAAGUGCAGAUAAACAUCGUAAACUGUUGGUUUCCAGUAAAAAGGAAAAGGACGAUUUACUAUCGAAACUAUCUGAUCAAGAAUCCCAAUUAAGAAUGGAACAAAGGAGAAGAGAGAAAAUUGAAAAGGAAAAUGAUUUGGCCCUUAAAAAUAAAGAAGAAAAUCUUUUACAAGCUCGUGAAAGAAUCUAUCGUUUAGAACGAGAAAUUAAACGAAUGGAAAUUCUGAGUGAACAAGAAAGACGAGACAAUGAAAUUAAACUUUCCAAUCUGAAUCGGGAAGUGGUUAAAGCAAAGCAAGAGUAUGAUGAUCUUACUUCUCGAUACGAAGUGUUGGAGCAAGAGUUUGUUUCCAUGAAAUCUAAAUUGCUCAACGAAAAGGAUAAUUUAAUGGAAACUUUGAACAGCAUCAAACGUUCCUAUGAAGAGAAAUGUGCUGAAUUGAAAGCUUUCAGAGAUUCUAUGAAUUCAAAGCAAGAAGAUUGGUUAAAAGAGAAACUCGAUUACCAAGAAAAGCUGUCUGAAUUAGAAGCACGAAUGAGAAAAGGCUCAGAUAGCGAUUCUGAGAGAUCGAAGUUGAGGAUUUCUCUCAAUGAUAAAGAGAAACAGUUGGACGAAUUUGUUAAAAAGGAAAAGGAAUGGACCAAAGAGAAUCAACGAUUAAAAGAUCAACUAGCCGAGUCGGGACAAGAUGCAAAGCGAGGUUCAACCAGUCUAAGUAAUCGACCAAAAAUUUCCAAAGAGGUUCAAGAUAUGAAAAACAAAAUGGACCAUGCAGAGACUUCACAUCGUGGUGAAAUUGCUGCUCUAAGAGCUGAAUAUGAAUCUCGAAUGAAACUGAUGAGAGAUGAAAUAACAAUGUUGCUCAGUGAAAGGGAUCAACUGAGGGCUCGAGUUUAUUUGGGCGAAUCAUCAGCUCACAAGGAUGAAAUGGAAGACAUGAGAGCUUCCAUGGAAACUUUGAGAUCUCACUUGGAGCAAGCUCUAUUGGAGAAUCGUAAUCUUAAAAUUGAACAUGCAGCUGAAAAGUCAUCUUGGCAGAUACAACUAGCUGAAUUGAAAACACGUCUCAACCAAGCAGAUGAGCAAAGUCUCAUGGAAAUGAGCCGUGGAUCCGCCAGAAACUAUGCCAAAACACGCUUGGAAUUGGCAUGGGAAAAGGAGAGGCAAGAAAAUCAAAAGCUCCUCACAGAUACACAGAGGUUGGUUGAAGAUAUGAAGAAGCGAGUUAUAUCGUUGGAAAUUGCUCGAGAAAAGGAGAGAACUGAAGCAAGAGAACAAUUGAAGGAAAUGAAAGUAAUUAUGGACAAAGAGCAAGAGGAUACUCAGAAAAGAAUUGGCGAACUUCAGUUGGAUUUGAUUGAUCUGAGAGAUUCUCAUGCAAGGAUGAGAUCCCAAAAUGAUCGGUUGAAACGUGAACGGUUAGCAUUGGAAAAGGAACGAGAAGAAUACAAAUUGAGAAUGUUUACAGCAAUUUCAAUUGAAAAUAAAGUCUCAGAUUUGUGCCGUUCGUUUGACUCCAUUAUGAAAAUGUUGCCAGCUCCCGAAUCAUCAAACGACAUUGAAGAAAAGUCAACCACUGAUUCUGGUUCCAAUCAACCUGAAACACCGACACCUGUAGCUACUGGGUUACAGAGACGUAGAUCUCGAAAACGUCCUACUGAAGUGAACAUGGAAGAGCUUAGAAAAGCGUUGGAAGAUUUUAAAGUCAAAAUAAGUGAACUGAGUAAAAUAACAGUUUUCCGUGAAGGAGAUUCUUUCCAUAGAACCAUCUCUUUCCGCCGUGCCAUGUCUUCGUCUGAUAUGAAUCCAGAUUUAAAUCCUUAUUCUGUUAGAGGUUUACCUUCUGCAUCGGUUGUCCGAGCUCCUCCUAGGCCUAAAGCGUUAGCUAAGAAGAGUUUAUCUUUGGAUCAAACAAUGGGUGCAAAUGGAUCACAAGAACGUAUCUGGGAUUCGGGAGAUGAAAGUCUUAAUAGUACUCCUGGUUCUAGCAUGACUAACCUUCGAUAUCCAAGUGCAGCCAUUUAUUUACACAGAGGAGGCUGUAGCUCAAUAUCAGGCUAUGAAUCAGAGUCGUCUUAUGGUCCAGACUCAGCUCGAUGGACGCGAGAACGAAGUUAUGGAUCAGAUGUUUCCGCACCGGCUGUAAUAUCUUCCAAUACAAGUCGACCCAAGAAAUCAAUUUUUGGUUUGCUCAAGAAAACCCAUUCAAUUGAAAGUCCACCAACAAAUGAAACGGGUCGAGAAAAUCGAGACAAGAAAGAGUCUAGUUUAAGGUCCAAAAUAUCUAAAACGCUGAAAAAGACGCUGAGUAGGAGUAGUUCAAGUUUAACCAAGGAAUCAAAAGACAAUGUUCAUGAUAAUGAACCAGUUUCUGGUUUAAGAUCAUUAACAUCAAGAACAGAUGGAGCAACAGCACUACCUUACCGAAGAGCCAAUAGCAGUACACUCGGUCCCUCAGUCAAGCCACCUUUGGCUCAUGAUGUUUCCUCGACAAGCCGUGGAUUAACUCGACGUGAGAAUCCAAGCGAACUGAACAACAUUCGAUCAAGCCUCCGAAGUGUAAACUCACUAUCACGAAGUACCCGAGUAUAAUAUUGGAGGUGAUCAUCUUUUUUUUAUUGUUUGGCUACACUUUUAUUUGGAUUGAAAAAGCUAAGCUCAACAAUUUGACGUCCAUUUUAACUCAUUGUCAUCAUCAUGUACUUUUUUCAUUAUUACAUGUAAAAUAUCUUCACCUAAGCUUAAGCAUAUCAGUUUCGUCUUCAAGUUUUCACGAUGAAAUUCAUGCUCAAAAUGACAUUUACCUUUCAAUUGAGGUUUUCAUAUUUUUGCUUCUCUCUUGUUUCCGAAGCUUUCUAUUGAUAAUAAUUUGCAAAGUUUACUUUUCCAUCAAAAGGCAAACCAAAAACACUAAUUUUCAAAUCAUUUAAUGUAGUAAACCUUUUUUCACAGAUAUUUUAUGUUUGUUAGUAAUGAUUGUUAUUAGAAAUGCAUUGAUCAUAAUAAACUGCAUUUUAUGCGGAUUGAUUUAUAAUAAAAA